CCGCCAUGGCCGACUCGCUCGCCUGCCAGAGAUGCCACCAGCCGCUGCUGCGCGACGCGUCAGUCGCGAACCUCACGGCGUCGCAGUACGCGCUGAUAGCGAACACGCUGCCUGCGCCGCCGCGGCCCUCGGCGCUCGCACCCCAAGCGAAGCUGGACGCGCUGCCGCCGGCGUCGCGCGCGUCCGCCGCCGCGUGGGCGUCCGCCAACCCCAUCGCCGAGAGCUACGUGCUCCUGCCUGACCGGGCGCCGGCUCCGGCGCAGGCCCGCCCCGCUAGCCCGCAGGGCAACCGCCCGCGCCUGGCGGCCAACCUCGAAGCGCUGCUCAGCGCACGCACAGCCAUCGACCACCCGCUGUGCACGGAGUGCACGGGUCUGUUCCAGGCCGAGCUGCAGCGCGAGCUGGAGGAGCUGACGCGCGAGCGCGACGCGUAUAUCGCGUUCGAGCGGGGACUUCGCAAAGACGGCGCGCCGGAGUGGGACGCGCUGACGGCGCGCCGCGCCGCGUUAGAGGACGAAGAGGCCGGGCUGCGCAUCGCGCUCAGGCUCGAAGAGGACAAGUUGCGGCUCGCGAAGGAGGAGGAGGCGCGCGUUAGAGCAGACGAGGAGGCGGUGGAGCGCGACGAGGCCGCAUUCCUCAAGUCGCAUGCGGCGCUGCACGGCGACAUGGAGACGCUUGCGAACCAGCUCGCCAGCGCCAAGACCCAGCUGCUGCUGUCCCAGCAGCUGCUCGCACAUCUGGAAAGUACGAACGUGUACAAUGAUGCGUUCCAGAUUGGGCAUGCGCCCCUCGACAACGGGCAUGUUGGUACGAUCAAUGGGCUGCGGCUAGGCGGGCGGCCGAGCGUCGACUUUGACGAGAUCAACGCGGCGUGGGGACUCGUUGCGCUGUGCAUCGACCGGUUGGCAGUGCGCGUGGGCUACUCUUUCCAGCGAUACAAAAUCAUCCCCCUCGGCUCCUUCAGCCGCAUCGAAGACCUCCCCGGCCGCACAAGUUACGAGCUGUACGGCAGCGGCGACCUAACUCCCGGCCGUCUAUGGCAAAACCGGCAGUUCUCAAGCGGGCUCGUGGCGCUCCUCGACUGCCUCCGCCAACUGCUGGAGCACGGGCGCGCGACGGGGCGCGCAUGGGGUAGCGGGGUCGAGAUCAGCAAGGACCGAAUCAACGGGCACUCGGUACGGCUGCCCGGGAUUACGAGCGGUCUGCCGGGCUUCGGGAGCGUUAUGGGCCUUGGGGGGGAGGAGGUCGAUGCCAACCCUGACGAGCAGUGGACGCGGGCGUGUCGCGCAGUGCUGACGGCGCUCAAGCGCAUUCUGGUGGUCGAGAGCGAGGCGGAGCGGCAGUAGUACAUGCAGGCAUUCAU